CAGGAGGUGACGUCACAUGUCCUCUUGAGCAAUAUGGCGGAAAAACGCGAACCACCUCCUGAUCUAUUUGAUGCUGAAGAAAACCUUUCGGAAGACGAACCGCUUGAAGAGCCGAAGCCAGCAGAAGAGAAGGAUGCCGACGAUGUUCAGGAGACCGUUGAAGUGAGCUUAGACAACGAUGAAAGCGCUGCGGACGAAGACAAUGAAGCCACGAAGAGUGAACCGACUGUCAGUGAGCCUGCCAGUUCAGAUGACCCUGACCCAAUAGAGUCAAAAGAAGCCGAAAAAGAGCCAGAAAAGCCUUCGGAGAGUUCCGAUACACCCGAGGAAAAGGUGGAAGAAGAUAAAAGCGAGGAUAAGGUAUAAGAAUUGAGUAUUUUCAUGUAAACAUAUUGGACUUUAAUGUGCAGGAUUAACAGGAAGUCAGGAACGAACAAGUUUGCUCAGUCUAUUUGUCUGUUCUAUAUUAAAAUUGCAUGGAUAUUUGCAUUUCUAGCUUAUGUCAAAUUGACUUUUCAUCGGAAAUUGUUUAUGCACAAAAUGUAAUUAACAAUUUGAGUGAUUAAUUGGUUGAUGUGUUUUUAUCGCCUGCGGAUGUCAAUUAACGAAAUUAAACAUAUUUGCAAUAUUGAUAAUAUUGCCCCUGAUUAUUGAAAUGUAUUCAUGUACUAUUAUAUACUAAUAUCAGUGCAUUGAAUAGGACAAGUAGAAGAUGGGUUUAUUCAAACUCUUUGUUUUGUAGUUUGCAAAGAAAUUAUCCAAGACUUUAUACUGUUCUAUGUGCAGUACAUUGCCAAUAGAUUAUUUUGAAAUGUGUGAAUGAUGCCAAUCCAUUUAAAACCUGAGAAAAUUAUAAGAUCAGUAUUAUUUUACCCCCAAGAAAGAAAGAUAAGACACACCCUCAGAACUUUAAAAUCCCCCAGGGCAUUUUCAAAAAAUGAAAUGACGCACCAACACAUAAUGACUCUGGCGUCAUAGCCCGAAGCAUGGCAUGUACAUAAUGUAAGACUGCAUUGGGCUAUUCCAAUUAUUAUCCGCACCCCCCCCCCCCCUGUUGAGGAACCCCUUUCUCAUGUCGGUACUCUCCUAGAAUUUCCGCAAAUUUUCAUGUAAAAUUUACCCCUUCCCAUGGAAUUUCCUUGUAAAAAUUACCCUUGCCCAUGGAAUUUCCAUUUUAAAUUCAGCCUUCCCCAUGGAAUUUCCAUUUUAAAUUUGACCCUGUCCACAGACUUUCCAUGUAUAAAUUACCUUUCCCUAUUGAAUUUCCCUCAUGGGACAUUUACUCCCGGAAAUGUCCCUCUAACAUAUGUCCUCCAAUGGAAUUUCCAUCCCAUGAAAUUUACCCCUCCCUCUAGAAAUUCCAUGUGAGAAUUACUCCUCCCCUUGGAAUUCCAGAUCCCGAAUGCCCCCUUCCCUGGAAAUUCCAGGGUUAAUCCACCCCUUCCCCUGGAAAUUCCAAGGUUAAUGUACCCCCUCCCCUGGAAAUUUAAAGUUAAUGCACCUCUCCCCUGGAAAUUCCAAGGUUAAUGCACCCUCUCCCCUAAAAAUUCCAAGGUUAAUGCACCACCUCCCCUGGAAAUUCCAAGGUUUCUCAACGGGGAGGGGUGCGGUAAUAAGGGGCAACGGUGGCCAAGUGGUUAGCGCACUUGCCUUUCACCUCUGAGGCUGCAGGUUCGAGUCUCACUAAGUACCUUCUCAGUGCGACUCGAACCCAAUCCCCAUGUGAAAAGAGUAAAAGUCAACGCUCUGCCGAAAGCCGUGGGUUUUCCCCGGGUACUCCGGUUUCCUCCCACAGGGAAAGUUGACAGGGUGGGUUAGGCAAAAAGGGCCCACAGUAAUUGGCAUAUGCUGUUGUGGUGACCCUGCCCUAGUUGGCAAAGCUAAAUAAAUAAAUAAAUAAAUAAUUGGAAUAGCCCUUUUGCAUAAGCACUUGGACAUAAUACUGUACAAUGUAAAAUUGUUUGACAAUUUGUAUUAUAUUUCAGCCCAAAGCUGCAAAACCAAAAGUGUCAUUCGAAAUAGAAGAGGUAAUUAUGUGAAGGUACCCCCACCCCCCAACUCAGCCACCUUGCCCCAGUCAAAGUCCUUUUCUCUAAAAUAUGAGAAAAACCACAGAAUAAAGAUCAGGAACAGAAGGGCCACUCAGCAGUGCAACGUGUCCUCGUUUUUUUUUAUGCAAAAAUAUGCAGUUUACUGACCAGAAGGUGCAGUAUAGCGUGUUUAUUGGCCAAACAAUGUCAUUGACUGCAAGGAAAAUGGCGGCCAACAUGCGCAAUGCGACAUGUGCAAGGACAGAAACUUCAAAGCUUCCAACUUAAGUGGCCCUUCUGUUUGGAUCCUUUAUUCUGUGGCAAAACAUUGGACGAAAAAUGGAAUAUAGAAGGGAGGUUUUAAUAUUCUAGUAACUAAAAUUUGCUUUGUGAAUAUUAUGUUUUCCAAGUGGAUAUCCCCUAUUCCAGACCCUAUAGAUUUGAGUUGUUGGAAGGCUAGGCUAAACAAGUUAGUGAUCGAGUUGUGGUGGGGUGUUUCACCCCCCGCCCCUCACCACCCCUCUAGCGACGCCCCUGUUCAUGAUCACUGUAUGUGCACUUCAAUAUCAUGUAUAUUUGAUAUUUUUCCAGAAGGAAGAUGAGGAAGAACAACAAGAUGAACAACUGGAUGAGGAGGAGCUGGAAGAAACUGAUGAAUUCGAUCUUGAGAUCAAAGUCUCCAAUCCUGAGAAAGUUGGUAAGAGAAACUAUGUCACAUAUUGUGUUCUGAUUGGUCGCCUGACCGCUGCCAUGCAUUUCUUUACACCUCCUGUUUUUGCGAUUUUGCUACCCACCUCUCAAAAUACUUUUAUGUCCACCGCUUGAAAAUUGAUGUCCACCUCUCAAAAUUUGAUAUCCAACCUUUAAACGUUCUUGAGCAUUUUGAUUGGUCGAAAAUCACAUCUGGGGCAAAGGUCAAUCUGCUGACCUCAGCUUCAAAAUGGCAUCAAGUUAUAAAUACUUGAAUAACAUUUUAAUAUAAACAACUGAAUUUGAAGAUACAUGCCAGGAUUUAUAUCAAACAGCUUAAGGAAAAAAAUGUUUUUCAUCAAAACAGUAAAUUAAUGUAAGUUAGGUUUUAACAUUUUAGUGUUUAAUUAAAUUAAUACCGAUGUUUGUAUUUUAUAUAUUUAUGAGUUUGGAAUUUAAGUAUUCAACGUUCGGUUUUGCACAAGGUUAAACGUUUCUUAUGGGACAUCACAAAACCAUUAUGCCAUUUAAUCUGUCUAAUGCCAGACAAUUUUACUCCUUGUAUCCUGACUGGACAUUAAACAUUUCAAACAUUACAAUAAUGCUAAAUGAUAAAUGUCUCUGGUGCUCUCCCAAUAGCUUGGAAUACUGGUGUCUCAGAUGGGACACUAUACAGAUGGAAUCCUCGAGGUCUGAAAUUUGCAGCAUCCCGAUAUCCACAAGAUACAAAAAUUUGAUUUUGGAUACAAAACUGUGAAUGACUUGUAUCCCGACUGGAUACUAAGAAAAUUUCAAACAUUAGAAAAAUGUUAACCCAUUGAGCCACAAUGCCCCCGUCCGCCCUACUAAGUUUUUUUACUUGGGCGUCAAUUGACCACCUCCAUCUUCCAACAACAUUUAAAAUGACUGCUCCCUUAUGAGUUAUGAUGCUCUUUAGGUGAUGGUAUGGGGGCAUAUAUGCAGUAUAAAGUUACAACCACGGUAUGUGUUCUACAGUAUUUUGUUUAAUUAAGUACAGUACUUCACAGUAAUCACAGAUUGCAAGCCAGGACACCAAUAUACUAUACAACUCAUAUUUUUAUACUUCUAUUUUGCAUUUAGACAAGUCUUGCGAGUUUCAAGAAACCAGAAACGAGUGUUUCACGUCGCUUCAGUGAUUUUCUUGGACUUCAUGAACGGCUUAAUGCCAAGUUUCUUCUUCAGGGCAAAGUUGUGCCUCCAGCUCCUGAAAAAUCUGUUCUAGGUGGGUUUGAAUUUUGGCCUGUAUUAUACAGCAAGCGUGGUACUCCAACGGAUAUUGCUGCGUACUUGAGCUGGCACAAACCGCACACAUAGGGUGAACUUAGUCUUUGACUUCAAAAGGCAUUGGCAAUAAAAAAUUAGUUUGUCUCAUUCAAAAGAACUCUUAGAUAUUGAACUGUUACCGAUUUGUCAUAUCUUGCUUAGUUCUCGAAAUAUUUGGACUAAUUCUUGACCUCAUUAACUGGGGUUUUAAUGACGUCAGGAGUUGGGUUAACCAUAUACUUGUAAAACUACCGAGUAACAAUCUAAAAUGACCGAGUAACAAUCCAAAAUUGUUUGAAAAUUGAAAUGUACCCAUAUUGAUCGAUCGCUUACUCAAAAGAUAAAAAAUUAGUGUGACCCCUCUUGACAUAGCAUAUCCUCAAUAAUCCAAGAUGGCGAACAGCCCACUUUUUUCAGUUGAAAUAUUUUGAAAACUAAGCAAGAGAUAAACAAUCUGUAAUAGAGUUUAAUAUAUAGUUUUAAGACUUCUUUGAGAGUUCUGAACUAAACUAAUUUUACAUAAAGCACAUUUUUUCUAAAAUGUAUACCGUAAACCUCCGAAUAUAAGUCCCCCCCCCCCGAAUAUAAGCCUCCCUCGCGUAAGCCCACCACAUGUACUAACGCUCACCUCUAUUCCAAAUAUAAGCCCACCCGAAUAUAAGCCCACUUGUUUAUCACUAUUGUUUAUCACUAUUACCACUAUUAAUCACUAUUAUUACUAUGCUUAACACUUGUUUAUCACUAUUACUAUACUUGUUUAUCACUAUUACACUAACACAAAAGAUUGUCCAUGUUUUAGCCCCCCCCCCCUCGUAUAUAAGCCCUUCCCCCUUGUAUAAGCCCAUCAAAAAUCACUUACAAAAGAAUAUAAGCCCAGGGUUUAUAGUCGGAGGUUUACGGUAUUUCAAUAACCUGAAGCUGGUACCAGCAAAAUGUAAGUACAGUAUAUACAGAUUAGGUGCCCUAUUGAGUACCUAUGUGGUUGUGGUACUUGGCUAGCAAAAACAGUACAAGACCUAAUACUAACGUGUCUCUGGUAGUACUAUAUAUUUUAUAAGUAGGCGGAUUGUCGCAGUGUGCAUGCCUCUUUUGAGCUUUGUACUCUGUCUGGUUUAGGAAUGACUAAAGUGAAGUUAGGAAAAGAAGAAUCAACAUCUGCCGACUUUGUAGAAAGGCGUAGAGCUUCGUUGGAAAGGUGAAAUAUUGUUUACUUUAUUUAAAAAUUAUUAUUAAAACUUUAUUUAAACAUGGAAUUCACAAAAUGUGCUCUUCCAUGGAGCCAUGUAUAAUAAUACUAUGAUGACUGCCUUAAUUUUUGAAGUUGCUACAGAUGUAGCAUUAAUUGCUUCAAUAGGUAGGUUAUUUCACAGGACAGAUCCUCUAUAGGUAAAGCUUUUCUUGAAUGACUCAGUCAAAGGAAUCAGAGUCGCACAAGUUAUAGCUACUGUACUGUAUGUAUCAUAUUAGCUCAAGAGAUAGAGUAAAAUAAUAAAGUAGGGCGCAUUAGGGUACAUUACAAGUGAAUGAUUUAACUUUUGUUGUGCUACAUUUCCAUGUAGGUAUCUCAAUAGAACAGCAGCCCAUCCUGCUUUGAGAGAAGACUCGGAAUUCAGACAAUUCUUAGAAACUGAAAAUGUAAGGCAUAUUUGAUUUGCCAUGUUAAGUUGGUGCUUUUUAGAGCUUUGUAAAAAUGGGCUGUCCCAUUUCCCAUGUCGAGGAGUGUUUUACAACACACCUGAAGAACUCUUGUUGUAAAAGAGAUCCCAUAAAAGUGAACUUGAAAGAUGUUUUUUGCACUUCACCCGGUUUAACUUGAAUGCUGAGUUUAGUGGAUAAUCCAAUCGAGCAUAUAAAUACACUAUUUUAAGACAUAACCAGGAACGGUUGCGAAAAAUGCAACACAACACUAAGUCCUCUGGUAGGAAUCGAAGCUGCGGCCCUGCGAUUCUGGUGCAGUGAUUCCUACCAGAGGACCUAGUGUUGCAUUCAUCGCAAGUUAUACAGUAUAUGGUCACUUGGAUUAUCCUUCAAACCCAGCAUCCCCUCAAAAGUCCCUGUUUCGGAAAAAACCCCUGGCUUUCCUAUUUCUUGUUGCAAAAACUUAGGUAUAGGGCAGGUCGAGCUUUCUUUUCUUUUGUUAUUUUCUUUUAUAAAUGCUCAUGCACGAGAACGAUAUUCUAUAUGUGAUAUUCUACGGCAAUGAUGGCACAAAUAUUCGUUAAAUAUAUCAACUUUGAACUGAACCAACGCCACGAACUGGGUACGGAAAGUUUGUCCAAGCUCUUUCCAAAUUGCAAGGAGGGGUGCAGGUUUUCCAUGGGGUGGUUCAUGAGGGAGCCUUGCUGCCCACUCUCCUCUGCAGUCUGCAACGCUACAAUCUCAACAUUACCAUUAUUGGAGAUGGCCAAAACUACAUGUUCACAGUUCUGUUACGUUUUACAUUAUCUUUUGUUUACAAAGUUUAUAUUGGCUUUUCAUCACUCAAUUCAAUUAAAUUCGAAAUCGACACGCACUAAUAGUGGAAGUUUCGCUAUUCGAAACCAGGGCUCGAAUUUUAUCGCGGCAAUUGCCGUAGAGGGAGAGCAAAAUGCCGUGGAUCUGCCAAAUGCCGUGGAUUAUACUAUUCACUGUGCAUUACUACUUUGAUACUUGAAUUCAGAUGUUGAUCAAAUCAUGCGUAAAUCACUAUUUUACUCUCAGUUUUCUUCAAAAAAAAACCCCCACUAAAAGAAAUACGUAUAAUUUGAAAAAUGCCGUGGAAACUGCCAAAAUUGCCGUAGACAGCUGUUACGUUCCACGGCAAUUUUUAAUGCCAUUGCCGUCGAUUGAUUUCUGGGAAAUUCGAGGCCUGGAUGCUAGGGGGUGAUAGACAUCUCUAGGGGGCGGCCGGGGGGUUGCACGACUACGGUAGAUCCGUCCCUGUAACUUGUAUUCAAAUGUGUGCUAUUUUAUAGCUUCCUAGAGCAACUGGCACUGCAGCAUUUAGUGGAGGUGGUUUCAAGAGAUUGGUGAAGAAUGUUGGUGACACCAUGUUUAAUUUAACGUCAAAAAUAGAAGAGUCAGAUCAGGUAUACUACAAUUUUACUUGUACCGUAGCAUUCCAGAAGUUACCGAAAUUUUAUUUCAAAAAUUUAACGGUUCUAAUACGGAAGAUUUUUCGUGUUUCUAGUGGUUUGAAGACAAGCACAUUAAAAUCGAUGCGCUUGAAACACAGUUAAAGAAAUUACAUCAGGCCCUAGAGAGCUUAGUUAAUAAUCGCAAAGGUAGGUCACUCUUGCUGUUCACAUUACGGUGCAUUUCUAUGACCAUUCUAUAUAGUACAUUAGAUUUCACAUAUAACACUGUAAAUUUAUUUUUUUUAAACUGACCUUAUUUUUUGCUACAACGUUGCAGAGCUGAGUACAUCAACAACCGUUUUUUCCAAUGCCAUUGCUGUUCUUAGUAAGUGUUGAAAUACUUUAAAGUACCAAAAUACUGUACUUCAUAAAACAUUGAUAUAGGGAGACCUGAUAUUAAUUCGAGACUACAUCUUAUGCACUGGUAGUCACUUGGACGACUAAAAAAAUUUUUUAAUUCCAACUCCUGGGGUGUACAUGUUUCUACACCACCUAAAGACAUCCGUCUCCACAUAAAUAUUAGAGAGUUUAAGUUCGACUUCCGACACCGAUACUAACAACAUGUCAUGCGCAUGCUCCCUGCUCGCAAGAAGCACGAGGACAAGUGUACUGGAAGUCACCACUACCGAAGUCGGCCUUGUAUUGGAAGUCGGGGGAAUUGUAAGAUAAACUCAUAUAAAUCGGAUAUUUCAUAAUUUUUACGAUAAACAUGUAAACUAUUUGUUUAUUAGCAUCGCCUGAGUAAUGUUUUAGUCGGAAUUUUAGCUCAGCUGCCUUUUAGUAUACCGCACAUUUUCGGUGACGAAUAGUGUCUCUAUACUUUAUCUGUCGUGAUAACUUAACGCUUUAAAAUUCCCGGUACCAAAGUGAGAACGGAAGUGAAAACAUCGGUGUCGGUAUUGGUAUUGGAAGUCGAACUUAAACUCUCUAUUAAGUCUCAAACCAACUCCCAAAUUUGUCCGCGACUUGAUAUUAUCGUACUUGUUGCAAGGUUCUUCUAACAAGUUCUGUACAGUCAUGAUAUAACAAUGUUGUUACAACCUUGUGUCAUCAACCUUGUAACAUUCUUGUUAUAUCAUGACUGUAUCAGACUUUUUAGAGCAACCUUGAAACAAGUCUGAUAAUGCCAUCAAGCUUGUCACAAGUUGUUAACAGUUUGUUCCAAACUUGUUACAACAACUGGGAACAAGCAGUGCGAACACAACUUGUCGACAGCUUGUGAACAGAUUUGUAACAACUUGUUUGCAGACCUGCAACAACUUGUUGUAACGACAAUCAACAGGAUCAGGAAUGAAGUCGUGCAAUUUACUUGAAGGGUCUAGGUUACGUUAAAGAUGAUUUCCACUCCGUUCUGCGCAUCAGUUCUGCUCAUAACAAAGGAGGACCCCCAGAUAUAAACUUUUUUGAAUUGAAACGUACAGUUUAUAUUCAUUUACUAGCAUAUCGAACCAGAAAAGUGUUAGAUAUUCAGUUAGUAUAUCAUAUUUUACAAAUAUAGCAAUUCAAAACGUAAACAAAGUGGACAUCAUCUUUAACAAAAAAACAUGCAAAGAUUCUUCUAUUGAAGAGUGUUUCGAGAUUAUAGUUAGCAAGACUAUCUUUGUAAGUUAAAUUAGGGUACAUUAUUCGCUUCCCAUCUCUCCACAGGCUUCCAGUCCAGUGCGCCAACAUUGCGCAAGCGAAAAGCAGGAACCAGGCUGGAUCCACCCUAUGUUUAACUGGUCCUUGUGCUUUGUGUUUUGUACAUAGGUAGUGCAGAAGAACAUAGUUCAUUAUCAAGAGCUUUGUCAAACCUCGCUGAAGUUGAAGAGAAGGUCGAUAAAGUUAUUCAAAAUCAGGUUGGUUGCUUAAGUCACUACGGAAAGCAAAAUAAAUUCUGUCUGUCUGUCUGUCUGUCUGUCUGUCUGUCUGUCUGUCUGUCUGUCUGUCUGUCUGUCUGUCUGUCUGUCUGUCUGUCUGUCUGUUUGUUUGUUUGUUUGUUUGUUUGUUUGUCUGUUUGUCUGUUUGUAUACUGUAACUGUUUGUAACUUUUUCAAUACUCAAAUUAUAUUAUACUAAAACAAUUAGUCGCCUCAGGCUUGGUGAUUACAAGCCUAUAUUCACUUCGGCUUAAACUAAUUGUUAAUUAACUAGUCUACUAUUGUGUUUAUCCUAAUUUACAAAACAUCCACAGCACCAGUCGUAUAAUGUUGAACUAUAUUUUUUAGAUGGAAACAGAUUUUUACGUUCUCGCUGAACUUCUCAAAGACUAUCUCGGUUUGGUUCACUCGGUAAAGGUAAGAUGCCAGAUUUUCCCAAUAAAAUAUUUAAUAUUUCCUUCACAAUCUCCUCACACGCAUUUUUAGUGAUAUCGAAUCUGCGAGAUCUGGCAAAAGUGUUUAAUGUUCCCCAGAUCUUGAAUUUGCCUUUUUCAAAUGUUUCUCAAAAGUGCAUAAAAACAAUGUAGAAUUUGACCGUAUAUUACCGCGUUAUAUUUGCAACAACAACGUAUACUUGACUGUAUUUAUGUAUACAUGACAGAUAAGGAAGGAUGAUAUAAUGAUUCCUUAAAGGUGAUCUACAGUCCGUAUGUAAACAAAGCCUUUGUUUACAUUUUUGUGUCCAAAAUAUUGAGCUUUAUUCGACAACUAUUUAUAUUUUCAAGCUUCUAGAGUAUAAUAAAUGAUCAAGAAACAACAAUCAGGCUUUUCAAGAACUCAAAACAUAGUUAAACUGUUUGCAUCAUAAAAAGUGGGCUCAUUUGUGCACAUGCGCAGAUCGGACUGUAGAUCACCUUUAAGAUUCUCUCACAACGUGUGUGUGGAAAAUUGAAAAUUUUCCCCAAUCUUCUUGCUAAGACAAUGUCCCUCAGAAUUCCGAGGUCUCACUUUUUCCAAAUCUAGAAUCUGCCUUAUUGAAUCUAUUGAAUCGAAUUUUUAGCUGUGUUUUAAUCAACGUCUUCGCGUGUUCACAAAUCUUCAAAAUGCUCAACAGAAUUUAACAAAGAAACGCGAGGCUCUUGUGAAAGCAGAACUCGCCUCAAAGUCAGAUAGAAUGAAGCAAUGCAAAGACGAAGUCAAUGAGGUAUGAGUUGACAACAUCGUAUCCGGGCUCUUUCUUUACCGGCGACAGCAUUGAGGAUAAAGCCUGGGUAUGAGGUUGUGUGUGGUCGAAACCAGUGAACUCUAAGGGAACUGGAACGAUAACUUGGCGGCCAUCUUUGAAGCCAAAUUGAAGGCCGCCAUGUACGUAUGGAGUGGAAAAUACGUCACCAAAAAGAUGUCUGUUUUCGACCACUAAAUAGCUGUAUUUCAACAAGGAAAAAAGCUAAAAACUUUCAACUAUACCUGAAAUUUAAUACAAAACAUGUUUCCAGAACGUAGAGCAGUUUUAAAGUUCUUUUUUCAGGAGUCAAAGUGCGAAGUUUUUUUCGGCACGUUCAAACUUGUGUAAUAUUUUGAAUAUCAAGCUGUUACCCAGGAAGUUUUUGCUGUUAGUGGAUGUAAAAUACUUAGAACUAUCCAGGAAACCAGGUUUGAAUCUUUAAAGUUGAAGCCUUUUGAUAAAAAAGUACUUUUUCUCGCUGAUUUUCGCUCAAAAACAAACUUUUGACUGAAUUUCCCGCUCCUCGAAACUCUCCCCAGUCCUUUUGAAAGUUAAUUUAUUGCUGGCCGUGCUCGCGAGAAGCGCCAUUUUGGCUUCAGGCAAGUAUGGGCAUAUUUAUCUGCAGUUAGCGUUCCAGUGUUAUUACAGUUCACUGGGUCGAAACACACCAGGGGUUUGGUCUGGGUACAUAUACAACAGCAAUCUACAUGCAGGGUGUAAAAAACUACACAGUUGGAAAAUUUGUGAAAACUUUAAUGCACUAUGUGUGUAGUUUGGGGUCUGCUAGAAUCUUUACCACUAAAAGUAUUUUGAAAAGUACAUUUUCUCGAGUGCAGGUUCUUAAUUGUCCUUUACCUCAAACUUCUACCAAUAAAUAAAAAACGUUGCCGAGUACUGUAUGUCUUGAAAUAAUUUAGACACAAACCCAGUAAAUUUUAUAUUACUAUAUAAUCACUUAUUCAGUAUUAUGUUGAAAUAGAUGCAAUGAUAAAUAUCUGGGGUCGGUUGUAUAAAAACGUGAUUAAAGAUGAUGUCCACUCCUGUGCACAUGCGCGAACUUUGUUUACGUUUUGAAUUGCUAUAUUUGUAAAAUAUGAUAUACUAACUGAAUAUCUAACACUUUUCUGGUUCGCUAUGCUUGUAAAUGAAUAUAAACUCUACGUUUCAAUUCAAAAAAGUUUGAAAGAUGCAAAAUUUGGGCAAGUUUAUAUCUGGGGGUCCCCCUUUGAGAGUUAAUCACUAUUUAACUACAAAAUAGUGAUUAAAAAGUGAUUAAGAGUUUUAUACAACCGGCCCCAGGUCUCAUUCUUCUGUGAAUUCUAGUGCGAACGAAAGGUGGAGAAAUGUCAGGAGGAGUUCAAGGAAAUGUCGAAAACCAUUAGGAAGGAAUUCGCGAGAUUUGAGGUCAGUUUGUCAGUCUGUUUAAUAAUAGUAAUAAAAUUUCAUGUUCCACAGACUUGGUGCACAUACCGAAAACGCCCAAAAAUAAAUUUAAUUUCGUGUUUUCCUGUUGGGUCAUUUAAGCUUAUACCCAAGUAUUUAACGAUACUACGUGGUAGUAGAAAGUAAUUUUUUUACAACUUCCCCAAUAGGCACGAAAUAUAAACAAGAAAACAGGUCCGAAAUCGGAUCCCAAUUAAUGUAUAAACGUUAUUGGUCUGACCUCUGAAAUUUGUUACGCGCCGCAUGCGUAUAACAUAGUAUCAAUGUAUAUACAGGGUAUAUUACUAAAGACCUAAAGUUCUAAAUUGUCUUUAUAGUAACAAAUUUCAGAGGUAUGAGGCGAGUUUAUUUAAAGAUUGACAUUUUUUUUAUAUUCUAUACACGCAUUUUGGGAUGCCUGGCAUUAGUUCAGCCUUCUUUCCUUGCGAUUUUCCUUUCCUAAAUAUGUUUGUUUUUUUCUACUUUCAGCGUAACCGUACGAAAGACUUCCGUGCAGCCAUAAUUAAAUACUUAGAAGCUCUUAUGGAGAACCAACAACAGGUAAGUCAACUAGAUAGUACAGUACGAAAAUACAAUCCACUCCCUCAAAUAGAAUAUCUGGCAUUGUCCAGAAUAAAAUGUUAUAAAAGUAAACCAAAAUAAAAUGUUAUAAAAGUAAACCAAUCUGAUAAAAGUAAACCAGUAUAAAAGUUUCCCAAUAUGAAAGUAAAUAUAAAUGUUAAUAUUUCUAGCACAAAGCAGCUUCUAUAUUCAGCUGCUUUCAUCACUAGUUUCAAGUUUGGUAUCACUGAACAACACAGAACAGUAUCAAAACAAUAGCCUCCUGCGCAGGCAUCUCGCCAGGGGGAUUGGGUUUUAUUUCAACACCCAUUCGCAGGCUAAAACCCAUAGAGAUGCCUAUGGAGGCCAGUAUCAAAAUAUAUUUUUUGGAAUAGAUGACACCAGUAACAUGCUGCAGUAUGUAUCUUUUACUUCAUACCCCUCUUGAUAUUAAAAAUUCAAGGAAGGGUAUGAAAUUUUUUCCGCUUAUUUGAGGGGUGCCAAGUAAUUUCGUGAAUGGUGGAACAUGAAUCAUCUUCCAUAGUUUAUAAAAUAGCAUGAAGUUAUUUAAUUAAAGAAGAUGUAUCCCAUUCCUCCUUUGAAUGUUCGGAAUAUCGCAAAUCAUGCCAAAAUCGCCAAACUUUUAUGGCCACUGACAAAUUGACUUGAAGUUUGCCUGACAAUUGAUAUGGCUGCAUGAAGACUCGUUAUUCUAUUCUAGGUCCUGAAACAUUGGGAAGGCUAUCUGCCUGAAGCCAAAGAAAUUGCUUAAGAAGACAGUAAAGUUUGUAUUUGUGUAGCACAUGCACAUAGAUUUGAUUUUAAAUGAAGUGAUCUCAAUAAUUGUCUAUAUAUCUGACCAUGACGAACCAAAACCUCGUGCACGCAUCCGUUCGGUUUUGCAAUUUAAAUUAAUGAAUAGAUUUGGACGUCCAAUUGAAAAUGAAUAUU